AUGUCUCCUGUCAUGCGCAAGGCCUACGGCAAUUGCAAGGCAAAGUGGUUGAGCGAAAGGCUUCCGCUGGUCCUGGCAGCAGAGGAGGAGAUGAAGGUGAAGCUGCGAAGGCGGCGAGAGCAGCAGGCCAGAGCAGAGCUUGCCGCUGCAGAACUGGAGAAGGCCGUCCAGGACCUGGACGAGGCCCAGUUCCAGCGGAAGCUGACGGCGGCCAAGUCUUUGCUGCCGCCAAAGCUGUGGCAGCAGUUCCAGGAUCGCUUCACCGCGGCCAGGGAGGUGACGGAGGCGCCCCUGCGCAGCUUCGCCCAGAAGUGCUUCGCCGGCGAGCGCGAGGAAGAGGUGAGCGAGCUCCAAGAGGAGCUGCGGAAUUUGGCCACCGACUUGGCCAGCGCCAGAUGGAGCCAGGUCAUCGUUGACCUGCGGAAUGCCCUGGAGGCUGUGAAGCGGCUGGAAGCUGCCACAAACGACGUAUCGAGCAGCGAGUCUCGUUCUGCGCAGUCCUUGCAGCAGCUGAUCAACACACUUUCUGAGGAGGUCCAGUCCUCCGAGUCGCAGAUCGCGGCCUUCGAGCGGCAGCUGCGGAGAUUGAAAGUGGUUCAAGGCGAUGGCACCGGGCCCUUGCGGAGGCGCCUGCAGCGGGCUGAGAAGCUUCUGGCCGAUGCCAGAAGCGACCUGAGCUACCUGCAGGCCUUUCAGGCGGCGCCCUGGCAUCCUGAGAAGCAACUCCUCGCCGCAAUCACAGAGGAGGCGUUCCAGAGGCUGGAGGCAGCAGCAGACAAAGCCACGGCUGCUUGCAGGGCCAGGUGCAAAGUGGAGCUGCAAAAAGCGCGAAACGUCUUGGAUCUGGCUACGCGCUUGCGCGAGGCCGUGACAGGCCACGAUGAAGAGAGUUUGGAGAAGGCCUUGGAGACGGCGGAGAGCUGGGGGCUCAGCGGCCUGGAGGCCGCGGAGCAGCGCUGCGAAGAGCUGCGCCAGGAGAAGUCAGACAGCAAGCAGGAAUUGGAAGCCUGCGUGUCCGCCUUGGACGAAGCCGGGUUUGAGAAGCUGGCGGCGCACAGCCCGCUGUCACCACACGUGGUGCAAAGCAUACGUGAACGGCUUCAGAGAUCACGGAGUCAGGAAGCAGAGACCAUUUGUGUCAAGCUGCAGGACUAUUAUCUGGAGGAGGUCAAUCUUCAAAGCUUGAAGGACAUGCUGCACAAUUGCAGGCUGGAGCCGAACGACCAGUGGCGCCGCUGGUUGGAGAACUGCUGCGAAGCCCACGACGCCAUGGACUACAUCCGCGCUGUGCUAGACACCACACCUGUGGAGGAGCAGAUGCUGCAGGCAAGUCUCAGCCGUGGGCGGAGAGCUUGCACUGAGCUGCGGAAAUCCAUCGAGCAGGCACAGUGGCACAUGGAAGAACCCGUCAGCCUCGAGUUGCUCGCUGGCAUCCAAACGGCUGUGGAUGAUGGCUACCUGGGCCUGGCAGGCGCGCAGGCGGAUGCGGCCCUGGAGACCGUGCUGCAGGAGUGGCAGCAGAGGAGCUGGGAGGCGAUCGAGCCGGGACACCUGCAUCAGUUGGAGUUGAGACAUCAGGAGGCCACUGCGGAGUGCCAGGGAAGGCUCGCAGAAGAAGUGCAGCGCGCGUUGGAGGUGGGGCGCUGCGCAGUGGAGCUCUCGGCGAAUAUGCGGCGCUACGAUGCGGAGAGCCUGGAGCUGUGCCUCUUGAAGGCUGAGAAGUUGGAGAUGGAGGGCCUGGAGAAGGUGCGGUCCAAGCUCAGCACCUUGCGCUUGAAGCGGAAUGGAAGGUCCAGCCCAGAAAACCAGAAGGACGGUGCAGAGGAAGCAGCCCCCAGGAGAGAGUAG